AUGGACCAAAAGCUCAAACACUUUCUUGACAAUUCGAACUUCCGAAAGGACAGAAAAGGUAAGAAAAAGAAGAUAGAGGUGUCUGGAGGAAAGAAUGAGGAGGGACAGGAAGAGAUUUUGAUGAUUAGAGACGGGCAAAUUGUUGUCAAUGACGCAAGCAUGUACGUGGACACGCACAAGGAUAUGGAGAUGGAGGUGAUGGAAGACGAUAGGAUUGUGACAUCCUCGACAUUCAGUAAGAAGAAGGGGGCGCUGAGGUGGAGCAAGAAGGAGAUAGAAUUGUUCUACAAGGCACUGGAGAUAUGUGGGAUUGAGUUUUCGUUGAUAAGCUCAUUAUUUCCAAACAAGGAGAGGAAGCACAUAAAAGCAAAGUACAUAAAGGAAGUCAAGGUCAACCCAGAAAGGAUAAACGAGGUUUUGAAUGAGUACAAGACAUUUGACCAGGUGGCCUACAACAACCUUAGAAACUAUCUUCUUGAAUAG